AUGGAGAUUGCCACCGCGCUAGGGUGUUCUGUUGGUUUUGCCAUCGGAGGACUAGUAUUUGUAGCGUAUAAACUUGGCUUACUUUAUCAGUUGUUUCAUAAGGUAAGUUUGUUUCGUGUAAACAAUGUUACAUUUUAACUUGGCGUCAGCCUGCUCACUUGCUGUCUCAACUCUAAAACUUAGUAGGUGAAAGGUAACCCUGCUGCAUGUGAGAGAACUCUUAACUGCCUUGUGGCUAACACAAGGGCCAUGACGACACAGUGCAGGUUCUUCAGAAGUCAUACAAUAGGCUACAUAAGGAGCAUUAGGCCUACUAGGACAAUAUGCAGUUUAUUGAUAAUUACAAGAUACUGUAGUAAUAAAUAACCAAUAGGCCUUUUCUAGUUUACGACAACACUUUUCAGUUAAUUAAAUCUAAUAUUCACAGUCCAUGACCCCGAUUUGAGGUCUGCCUGUUCAAUCCUUUGCCUGAGUCCUCUACUUCUUCCCCCAGACUGAGACCCAGAGCCCUCGCCAUGGUGGGGAGAGUGUGGCAGAGGUUCUGCGUGCCCAUGGGGUUAAGUUUGUCUUUACCCUGGUGGGGGGGCACAUCUCACCCAUCUUGGUGGCCUGCGAGAAGCUGGGCAUCCGCAUCGUGGACACCAGGCACGAAGCCACUGCCGUUUUUGCAGCUGACGCAGUAGCCAGGCUCUCUGGUAAAUAAGUAACAUAAAUGACCUACUAUAAUAUCCCAAAUACCUUGCAUUACAGUUGUCGGUGUCUAUCUGAACCGUCCGGGACUGGUUUAACUUGCUUAGUGCGCUAUAGUCUACUAAUUUGUUCAUACUGUAGCAUUGACACUGUCAGUGAUUCUCCCUCCAACAGGCACUGUAGGUGUAGCUGCAGUGACUGCUGGCCCAGGCCUGACUAACACAGUCACAGCAGUGAAGAACGCUCAGAUGGCCGAGUCUCCACUGCUUCUCUUGGGGGGAGCUGCUGGAACACUACUUCAGGUGAGUGUCUGAGGGCUUUUACUGGUGUGGCUGCAUGGGUGGUACCCUAGUCCUAACAUUAACACUAAAGCUAAGGUCACGCUACACCAGCAAGUUAUACUCAACAAAAUACCAUAAUCUUGCACUGUAGAAUUGUGUGACUGUGGGUGAGCACACUCUCUCAUCUGAUUCCCCCUAUCCAUUGUGGAGGUUUGACCUCUUGGUGAACUUUUGUUGUGCAGGGUAGAGGAGCGCUGCAGGACAUUGACCAGAUGUCCCUGUUCAAGCCGCUGUGUAAGUUCUGCGCCUCGGUGAGGAGUGUGAGGGAGAUCGCCCCCACGGUGAGGAAGGCCCUGGCCAUCGCCCAGUCUGGAACUCCAGGACCUGUGUUCAUAGAGUUCCCCAUCGACACACUCUACCCCUUCCACCUAGUGUCCAAAGAGUUCGGAGUGAAAAACCCUCCCAAGGGAAUAAUGGGGAAAGUUGUCACUUGGUAAGUAAUCAGCAGGAUUGUGCUUGACCAUGCUUUCACAUAUCCCUUGUGAUUUGUGAAAGUAACAGAUGCUGUAUAUCUUUUUCCAUAAGGUACCUCCACAAUCACCUAAAUAACUUGUUUGCUGGAGCCUGGGAAACCAGAGACGUGUCCCCUCUCCCAGUGCACAUCCCUCAGGCCACAGACGAUCAGGCAAGACUAACUCUAGCCCUCAGUCGUUCUCUAACAACAGUGAGAAAGGCUUAAUUUAAGCCGACAGUUUGUACUGUAGCCAGUUACAGUUUUCCAAUAGACAUGAAGGUAUGUUUGUUAUGUAUCCCUUGUGGCUCAACCUCUAUUGAUUUGUCAUCAGGUACAAAAGUGUAUAGAGCUGGUGAGCAGAGCCAAGAAGCCUGUUAUCCUACUGGGGAGCCAGGCAACACUACCUCCAACACCUGCAGACGACAUCAGGUAUUUCAACAACCACAUUUAUAUUACACGAGACAUCAGCAGACAUCUGGUCCAUUCAAUGCCAAUUCAUAUAGUUGUCCUGUUACAGGGCGGCCCUGGAGUCCCUGGGUAUCCCCUGCUUCCUGGGUGGAAUGUCCCGUGGCAUGCUGGGUAGGAACAGUCCCUUGCACAUCAGACAGAACAGGAGGGACGCCCUAAAGGACUCAGACCUUGUGCUGCUAGCAGGUGAGACACAAACUGCCACCUAUAAGUUUUGUCUUCAUACAGUUGUUGUGUCUUUGAGGCUGUCUCACAAUGGUGGCAUGUGUUGCAGGAACUGUAUGUGACUUCCGAUUAAGCUAUGGCAGAGUGCUGAACAGGCGCAGCAAGAUCAUUGCUGUCAACAGAGACAAGACUCAACUUCUGAAGAACUCUGACAUGUUUUGGAAGCCCACUGUGGCCAUUCAGGGUUGGUACUGAUGACUGAAUUGUCCAAUCAGAAGUGUUAUUUGCUUUCACAUAAUGCUGCCACUACCUCUUUGGGCUAUUUGGUCUUGUGGAGACUCACAUUUCUGUCUGUCUUUUAGGAGAUGCAGGCUCCUUCCUACUCCGCCUCUCCGAUGGCCUCAAGGGCCACAAAUGUCCUGAGGAUUGGCCACAGAGUCUCAAAGCAGGAGAUGUCACCAAAGAGAAGGCUAAUCGGUACAGUUGUGGAAUUCAUUCAGCCAGUUGGGCAGAAAGCCUCCAUACAAAUGACUACAGUCAGUACAUCUAGUGCACCAACCAUAGCCAGUAAAGGGUGUGUUAGUUCCCUGUGAAAGUGUGUUUUCCAUGCAGGGGGAAGGCUGAUGAGAAGACGGACCGCCACCUGAACCCCCUGAGUGUCCUGCACCGUGUGGAUGAGCUGAUGGCUGACGACAGCAUCAUAGUGGCGGAUGGGGGCGACUUUGUGGGCAGUGCUGCUUACAUCAUGAGACCAAGGGGCCCACUCCGCUGGCUGGAUCCAGGUCAGGAUCCUCAGUGGACAGUAUUAGAGUUUUUUUUUUUUUUUUUUUUUUACAAAAUAUGUUUUGAAAUAUGUUAUAGGAUAUAGUCACUUGAGUAAGAGCGGUAUUAACAAGUACAAUAAAAAAAAAAGUAGGACUUGUUUAUUGAAUUUGAACCCUGGACGUUCUUGAUAUUUUAAUGGAUGAUUACCUAAUGUUGUUCGUCAUUCUAACAGGAGCAUUUGGAACCCUUGGUGUUGGAGGAGGGUUUGCUCUGGGAGCCAAGCUGUGUCGACCUGAGUCAGAGGUAAAGUAGAAUACCAAGCAGGCUUUAUCGAUCACUGUUUUUAUAGGGGUUUAGGUUUGUCGGUUUGUUCAUGUUAUGAAACAACAUGUAUGGUUUUGGUUGAGUUUAGCUGACUAAGUUUCUCAUUAAGGUGUGGAUCAUCUAUGGUGAUGGAUCCCUGGGAUACAGUGUUGCAGAAUUUGACACCUUUACCAGACACAAGGUACAGUAAUAACCAAUUCACUAUUCAGACCAAUUUAUCAGCUAACUAAUCUUGCAUUCCGACCAGUUAAUCUGCUUUGUCCCUCUCUCUCCCAGACACCAGUAAUUGCUCUGGUGGGGAACGAUGCCUGUUGGAGCCAGAUCUCCAGGGAGCAGGUUCCCAUCCUGGGCAGCAACGUGGCCUGUGGCCUGGCCUUCACAGGUCUUUAUGUUGGCCUACUGUAACCCCACUGCCACCAUACUGGGGAUCUCUAGUGCCCAUACUCACACAUGCAAUGUCUCUGUUGGCCCAUGUCAUCUGUUUGGAUGUCAUGUCACACAUCCAACAUGCUGUCUCUAUUUUCCUCUUCCCUAGAUUACCACAUAGUUGCAGACGGUUACGGCGGCAAGGGCACCCUCAUUGGUCGUGAGGAUGAGAACAAGCUGGAUGACAUCAUAAAAGAGGCACAGAAGGAGACCCGAGAGGGGAGAGCCACACUACUCAAUGUUCUCAUAGGGAAGACCAACUUCAGAGAGGGCUCCAUCUCUGUGUAGAGUAGGUCAGACAGACAGGCCGCAACCCGUUGGGUUUCUGUCUGGACCUGUGGGUCCUAAAACCUUCCCACCUUGCCUAGAAACCCACAUUUGUUCACAUGCUGUGGAACAGUACAACUGCUGCAUUUAUCUGGUGAAGAAGGGAAAAGAUGAGUGUGUCUGCUGAAUGAACCCAACAAUUCAGGAACUCAUUCUUCUCAACCUUUAUCAGCCUUUCAAACAGCUGUUAAGAUAAGUUUUGAUCAUGGACUUGAAUGGAUGAAUGAAACCAUUUUGGGUUGUUUUUGCUUGAGAUAAUCAAACUUGACUUGUAUGCUUUAGAAAAUGAACUAUGACUGGCUUUGCUGCUGUUAUUAUGUAGUAGGCCAGUAUCCUUGCUGUAUACACUUAACUAAUACAUGUAUAUUGACUUCAGAUAGCCUAUUGAUCUACUGAACUCUACCUUGAAGCUGGUCAUUUUAUUUUGAAAAACAAAGUGAAUUUUGGAAUGAUGUCCUUCAUAGGGAUAUUUAGGAAAGUUAAACAUACACUAACCUACAAGCCGCAGCAGGGUCUUUAGGGUUAAGAACAAGGUAAUAAUACAAUUGUAAUAAUACUGUAAUCAUUUAAUUUAAAUGGUAUAGAAUUGAUGAUUGUAUGCCUUUUUAAAUUUUUGAAUGUACUGUAAGACUCUACUAAUACAUCAAUCAACAGAAUGGGUACACAAAUACAAGACGCCCUAUGAAAGAGGAAGGAAUUUCAACUGGAAGAUGUUAUCAUAAGUUACCAUUUGGGUAUUGGUCAUUAUAAUCUUACUUAUUACACUGCUCAUACUAUUUCAGGUUUACCUAUUUUAAGGAAUUCUGCAUUAUCCUGAUCAUGCAAAUUGGAGUCCACCUUAAAUUUGAAUGUUUUGAGAAUAUUGGAAUAUUUUCUGUUUUGCUUUGGAUUGAAUCACUAUGUACUAUUCAUAAUAUUUGAGUCGUUGUCAGGAGAGGGAUUGGAAGACACCUGCCCUGAAUCUGGGUGUGAGAAUCUGUUGCACUGACAUUUUGGGUUUGAUUAUAUAAUAUUUUAUCUUAUACAUAAGCACACUGAUACUAGUAUGCCUCUUCUGUUUUUCAAUGUUGACCCAAUGCAUUUAGUCAUCAGAACGAUGUGGGAUUAUAGGGACAGUUGUUAUUUUUGCAUUGCAAUAAAGAGAAUCAUGUAUAUUGU